CGCGAGUUUGGCGCAUGGCGGAUGCAGUGCUGUUCGAGUUUCUACACACCGAGAUGGUGGCGGAGCUGUGGGCUCCCAAUCCCGAUCCUGGCCCUGGGGGACCCAAGAUGAGCCUGUCGGUCCUGGAGGGCAUGGGCUUCCGUGUGGGCCAGGCUCUGGGCGAGAGGCUGCCCCGGGAGACCCUGUCCUUCAGGGAGGAGCUGGAUGUCCUCAAGUUUCUGUGCAAGGACCUGUGGGUGGCCGUGUUCCAAAAGCAGAUGGAUGGGCUCCGUACCAAUCACCAGGGGACCUACGUCUUACAGGACAACAGCUUCCCCCUUUUGGUCCCCAUGGCCUCGGGCCUGCAAUACGUAGAGGAAGCACCCAAGUUCCUGGCCUUCACCUGCGGCCUUCUGUGUGGCACCCUCCAUACCCUGGGCUUCCAGAGCUUGGUCACUGCCUCCGUGACGGCCCUGCCUGCCUGCAGGUUCCAGGUGGUGAUUCUGAAGUCCUGAGGACCUGGCCACCCCUGCCCAAGCUUGGGAGGCGGUCUUGAGGCUGGCGCUCCCCAGGCUCUGGGGGCCCCAUGUGCCCAAGACGAGGGUACCAAAGGGAAGUGGGGGAUCUGGGAGCAAGGUGGUCCCACACAGUCAGGACUGGUUGGAGGGACCUGGGA